AUGAAUGACAGGUACCACAAGGCGGCCCGGGACGGAUACCUGGACCUGCUGAAGGAGGCGACUAGGAAGGAUCUCAACGCACCGGACGAGGAUGGCAUGACACCGACGUUAUGGGCCGCUUAUCACGGCAAUCUGGAGGCUCUGCGGCUGAUCGUGGGAAGGGGAGGGAACCCAGACAAGUGUGACAUAUGGGGGAACACGCCACUCCACCUGGCAGCUGCCAAUGGUCACCUCAACUGCCUUUUCUUCCUGGUGUCUUUCGGUGCCAAUAUAUGGUGCCUGGACAAUGACUACCACACACCAUUGGACAUGGCCGCCACAAAGAAUCACAUGGAUUGUGUCCGGUACCUGGAUUCCAUCGCUGCCAAGCAGACGGGCCUCAAUCCCAAGCUGGUCAGCAAGUUGAAGGACCGGGCAUUCCUUGAAGCUGAGCGUAGAAUCAAAGAGUGUUUGAAGAUGCAGAAGAAGCACCACAAACGUAUGGAGCGAAAGUUUCAUAAGGAGGCCUCUGAGGCUUCGGCAUCAGACGUCAUGAGCUUUUCCAGUUACACCAGCAGCUCUAUUAGCCACAGGCUACGCAACUUCAACACAGCCACCGUCAGUGUGCCAUAUUCUCAGGCGACCCUCCAUGCCACAAACCGAGGGAAGACAAAGAUCCAGAGAAAGCUGGAGAAGAGGAAACAAGGAGAUGGCACCUUUAAAAUCUAUGAAGAUGGAAGGAAGAGUGUGCGCUCCCUCUCUGGCCUUCAGCUGGGUAAUGAUGUUAUGUUUGUCAAACAAGGGACUUAUAUCAACCCAAAGGACCGUGGCCGGCGCAAUGUUCGUGACAUGUUCACUAGAGACAAUGACGAUGCCAUUUCACGUGCCAUGAGUGAGCCGGACCUCCACGGGCCAGAUGUGGACUAUUCUGAGAUCAGCACAGACUCUGGACAUGAUUCCCUGUUCAACCGACCUGGUCUCGGCACCAUGGUCUUCAGGAGGAAUUACGUAAGUGGGGGAAUGUUUGACCUCGGUAGUCGAGAUGCAGCCAACGUGGACAGAUCGAGCAACAAUGUGCGUUUACGCAGUCGACUGCAGCAGUACCCUAGUAUGGAUGGAGACAGCAUUGGCAGUGCACGCAGCCUGCAGGAGAGGAAUGUGGAGGAGCUACCUUGGGAAGAAGUUGAAUUAGGGCUGGACGAUGAUGAUGAGCCUGACACGAGUCCUCUGGAGGUCUUCCUCGCCACACAGUCCAUGAGCGAAUUUUUCUCCAUCUUCAAAAGGGAGAAGAUCGACCUUUCAGCACUGCUGCUUUGCUCUGAUCAUGACCUUAAGAGUAUCCACAUCCCCUUAGGACCACGGAAAAAGAUCUUAGAUGCCUGUAAGAGACGGCUAGAGACCAUAGAGGACCCUGACUGUAUCGAGGACACAGAAUUGUGA